AAGCCCUGGUUUCCGAUCGGUCCAUAAACACAACCAGAACAGCACGCUAGCACGACGUCUGAGUUGGAAUUCAUUGAAUUAGAAUAAAUGUACAGUCCCCCCUCAUAAACAUAUUCUCAUACUUAAAUGUUGUCACGUUAUGAUGUUUAAACCAUAGAGUAAGCGAUGGAGUGUGACAUUUUGGACUCUUUGGAGCAACUCGGUUAUGAAGGUCCCCUGACGGAUGAGGCGGCGUUGCUCCAAGCCGCGCAGGGUGGCCUGUCGUCGGCGGAGUAUGUGGACUUGUGCCGGUGGUUGGUGUCCCGCUUAAAGCCGUUGUGUGGCCUGGAGGAGAGCAUCACCACCGGUCCAGAGGACUUGCUCAGCCUGGAGGUGGACCUUAGGGGCUUGCUGAAGGAGCUUUGCUGCCCAUAUCAAGUGACAGCGAUACAGAAGGGAAAGCCUAAAGACCAUCUCAAGUUUGUCUUGUUUUUAAGCUCCGAACUGCAGGCGGCGCAGAUUAUCAUCCGCAGACGAGGCCUCGUUCAGGGACAAAACGGGAGCUCGGUGUCUCGGGAGCUGCGGGAAAUCUGCCAGACCUUGAACGUGUCGCCGUGUAAGGGACAGGAUGCCGUGGAGUUUCUCUCGCUUAUCCAAAGCAAGGUGGUUACACUUGUUGAAAAGUGCCCAGAUGGCACUGUGGGAAAGCCUGCUUUGAAGAGUGCUCUCAGCAGUGAACAAUGGGAAAAGUUACACAGCAUGAAUGCGCUCAUGUCGUCAGAGUACGAGUGUCGGCGCAGGAUGCUCAUCAAGCGGCUAGAUGUCACCAUUCAGUCGUUCGGCUGGUCCGACAGGGCCAAGGCAAAGGUGGACAGCAUGGCUCGAGCGUACCAGCCCAAGAGGCACGCGCUGAGGGCUGAGGCCACGGUGGACGCAGCCGCCCUUUUAGCCAGCAGAGAGGACGUCUGCAACGUGGUGAAGACCAGCAGCGGUGCCAGCAGGGCGAAUACCGCCUGCGCCGUCAACAAGAUUCAAAUGGGGAGAGUUCCCUACCGAGGUGGACGCCCCUCUGAGAUAGAAGCCCCACUCCCCGAGAUGCCCCCUUGGCAGAAAAGGCAAGAUGGAGGAGGCAACUGGGGAGGUCGUGGGCAAAGAGGAGGAGGUGGGUGGCGAGGAGGUGGAGGCGGUGGAUGGGGAGGCAGAGGAGGAGGCGGUGGAUGGGGAGGUGGAGGAGAUUGGCAUGGUGGGAGACACAACCACGGAGGACACGGUGGAAAGCGAGGACGGUACCAGUAUUGAUUUGAUUUAUUUUCAUUUUUUUUAUGAGUAGUCAAAACUUUUACAUGAAUUUUACAAAACAAAAAAAAGCUCAUUCAAUAGUGGAUUACGCAAUAGAACAGACACUUUUGUACCAGCAAUCAUCAACCUCAGUAACCUCUUAAUGUAUUUCAUGAAAAUAUUGUUCCUUCCUUAAACAUGUGCUGGUGGAAUACAGUGAUGCCUUGAGAUGCAAGUGACCCGAAUUUUUCCAGAUAUGAGCCGUCUCUCGAUAUUUUUGGUCUGACUUGCAAGCGCAGACUUGAGAUACGAGCGCUGUAUGGUGUCAGUGAACUCAAUUCACUCCACAAUAAUCAGGACUUAUUAAACAAUGCAUCCAGAAAGAGGCUUCAAGCUGUUUAAUGCCACUCCCAGUUUAAAUUUAUUGUCACACUAAACACAAAACAAAGAGAAUUACACGUUGUGUAUUUGAACUCACUUAGUGCCAUGGCUGUAUUAAUACGUCUUUUAGAAUCCAAACGUUCAGUGCCAAGAACGUUUUUGAGGUUGUUUUUUUUCCCCACGUUGGUGCUGCGGGAUAGUAUGAAGCUUUUGGGAAAAAAUGACAUUGCGAUAUAUAUAUUUUUUUAAACCUCCGCUAUGUUUUUGCAAUGUGAAAUAAUACAGGAUCAGUGUUUGUUUUUUUCUACGCGAACUAGUUCAAAGUUCACUUCAUCGUUCCAAAAAUGAACUAGUUGAGUUCAAGUACAAUAUUAUACAGUGCUAUUUUCCCCCUCAUUAAAAACACAAAUUAUUAAUUAAUUUGAUAUGGGAGGCAUUCCCACACAUUUCAGUUGGGAAAGAUGAUUUGAAAUAAGUGUUUUGACUUAUGAGUGUGGUCAUGGAACAAAUGAAACUUGUGUCUCAAGGCAUCAUUGUAAUAUGAAUUGGUGGGGGGGGGGUAUUGUUGAAUUAGCAAGAAUAAACCGCCAAUAGACAUUUUCCGGGGUUGGUUCGCCCCCCCAAAAAAGAAAAAAAUAUUGGAAUAAAAAUCCGUGACUAGUACAUGGGGGUCCACUGUCGAACUCACUUUCUGCAAUGGAGAAACUGCGACCCCUGGUGUCGGCGCCGAAUACAGUAGUUUAUUGAACCACAAAUAUCAUGGUGCGAUUUUCAAGAAAAAGGUGGAUUGCCUUGGCCGCUGUGGCUAUAUUAUUAUACAAAGAGAGGAAAUGGGCGUGAAAUAAUAGAGAGAGUGCGGAUAUAGUGCGAGGUGGUUGGCAAUGAUCCUCGCAUUUAUUGACUGCAUUCUUUCAUUUUGGUGACAGGCUCUCCGUGCAUUUAUUUCCUUUAUAGCCGCAUGUACAUAUGAAAUUACAAAUAUAGUUCCGUGUUACUGUAUAAUGUAAUUUUUGUUGUGUAAGAUCAUGUGAAACAACACGGCAUUUUUGAUUGGUCAUUUUAUCUGUGAUGCGGUUCACCUGCGAUUAACAUUUUAAAUCGCAGCAGUACUAGUUGGCGAAGGUCAGCCACUCAUGCCGAACCCCGCAUGCGGCGUGACAGUUCAGUGGCAUCAACCAGCCUAAGGCAAACAGCUCCCUCAAAUAGUGGCCUCCUUUCUUGAUACAAUGAAAACUACCUGUAUUAUCUCCAUUCAUUGCAUGCAUUGACAUAAAACUUGCUAACCAAAAUAGAAGUGUGUGCAGUAGUAAUGGUUUAUGUGGAGAAAAGGUCAUUCAUGUUGAUUAUUGGUCUCGUGGAUGCGCCCACUCCACUCUUUUGUAUGUUCAUGUUUACAUGACUUAUUGGUUCCAUUUUGUUUUGUAUACUUCUCUUGAUGAAAUAGAUAUUCCAAAAAAUGCGCUUGUACGAAUAAAACGCCUCACACCAUCUGCAGUUCAGUGAAUAAUUGCCCCCUGGCCACAAUUUGUCAACAUUUUCAGAUAUUUUUUCUUGUCACAGGGUUCCUAUGCAAGUAUGGAAAAGUACGGAAUUUGAUUUAAUAAAUUUCCUGGUCUGGAAAAGUAUGGAAAAAUACUCGUUUGUUUUCUAAAACAAAAAAUAAUGAAUAUCUAAAAAAAUAUAUAUAUAUAGAACAAUACGUGUCUUUUUUAAGGUGCUUGGAAUUGCAGCUACGAUGUUUUUGUGAGAGCACACGGUAUUGUAGCAUGAUCUUGGUGAACACUCGAUUCUGAUUGGCUCAGAAAAUUCCAUGGGGUACAUUAUCAGCUGAUACUGUAGAGCCUUUGAAUGUCAUUCCAUUGUUCCAAAUUAAUGCGCAUUAUAUGAGCAAACACGGCUACCUCAGAUUUUCUGAUCUACUCUGAGGACAGAAAUUUAAAACAAUGAGUGAUUCAAUCAUUUACUUUAUUUGGUGAUGACAAUUUGAUGACUGGGAUGUUGCUGAGAAAUUUGAGGGGGAAAAUGAAGAGACAGAACAGCACAAAGACUUCACUCCGUAAAACUGAAAUCAACGCCAAGAAAACAACAUAAUAGGCGAUUAAAACGCUGAGACACUUCCUGGCACAAUAACGGACAAAAUAGGAACCGAACACUUCACCCUCAAUAUUUUAAAUGAUACCCUGCGCCAUCCAGUCAAGACAGAGUUAGGGUUUCAAGACAGUUUUACGUUUUCAAAACAAGCGUUAGGGUUUCAAAGUAAGUUCAAAACAAGCGUUAGAGUUUCAAGAGACUUUAUGGUUCCAGAACAGGGUUAGGGUUUCAAAGUAAGUUCAAAACAAGGGGUAGCGUUUCAUAUUAGGGUUUCAAGAAAAGGUUAGUGUUUCAAGACAGGGUUCAGGUUUCAAAUUAGGGUUUAAAGAGAGUUUUAGGGUUUCAAAGUCAGUUCAAAACAAGGGAUUUUAAAUUAGGGUUUUAUAAUAUGGUUAGAGUUUCAAAGUAGACUUUCAAAACAGGGUUUGGGCUUCAAAUUAGGGUUUAAAGAGUUUUGGGGUUUCAAAAUAGGGUUAGGGUCUCAAAGUAAGUAAGGGUUAGAGUUUCAUGUUAGGGUUUCAAAACAGCAUUUGGGGUUUUAAAUUAGGGUUUCUUUCAAAACAGGAUUAGGGUUUAAAAGUAGAGUUUCAAAACAGACUUAACUAAACUAAAUGUGUGAAAUGGUUUGACAUCAACAUGGGGAAGGCAGCGGUUGUGAGUCAUGCAGGGCAAAAAGCACUCGUCUUGUCACCUUGCUUUGGUCUUUAUUUGCAUGAGCUACAUUACCUAGCAAUAAUCUUCUGGAAAUUAUUGGGCGACAUAAUGGGAUAUAAAGACUCAGAAUGAUACACAUGUAUUUACUCAAAAGUUAUUAGAUUGUUGUUUUUUUUAAACCAAGAAGUCUGAAAAUUGGGGCAUGGAAUUUUGAAAUCUUAAAUGUGUAAGAACCCUGUAGUCACAUUUUUUAUGCUCUUAUUUAAAUACAUUUCAAAAGGCACAGCAUUUAGUUUUUGCAUCAUAGAUAGACUUUAUACAGUUUGUACAGUAAGUAUACAUUAUCAACAAACACCUGGACAUUGACAAAACGACCACAAGAAAACCACUCUGGCUUCCACUAAGACUCCAUCAGUGUUAAAAUAAAAAAAAAUAAAAUAAAAAAUCAGAAACCCUGAAGCAAAUUCGGGACUUUAAAAGACACAGACAGUGUCAUUGUUCAUGCAUGUGUAAGCUUGUAACUGACCUCCUUGUUGUAACAAUUCAACACACACACACACAUCACACAAACACUUUUGUUUCACUGCAAUCAAACUUUGCUUCGUCUUAAAAAAAUAAAAAAUACAGUCUGAAGGCACUUGAUCAAAUGUUUAAAUUAAAAAACUGUUCAAGUUUAAAACAAAAAUAAAAUCUCUCUUUGCUGUUCUUUUUCCUUCA